AUGUGUUUGUUUGUGCAUUUGUUGAAUAAUGGGAGAAACUAUACUGUGAUGUGACACAAGUGUGAAAUUCCACCAUCAGCAAAACUCACUGAACCUGCGCUGCAUCACCGACUCCAUAGCAACCAAUAGAAGAGCAGGGUUUGUUUUUGGGGAGGUGGGAAAGGCCGUGUUGAGUGAAUGUGAUGUGUGAAGGUGACACUGACAACCAACAUGCUGCACUGGUGUAACGUGAAAAGGAUCUGCCGCACCAGCAUCAGUCACAAAGGGUAAAGACCUUCAACCAUGGCGGUCCACAACAAGCUGCUCUCACUGUGUGUUUGCCUGGUGCUCAUGGCGGCACUGGGCCCCGGCACGCGCUACGCGUCCGCUAAGCGAGGCUUCGGCUUCAGGGGUCGAGGAAAAGGUGACAGCAACAAAGCGCCUCCCUCCCAGAGCCAGGGUCUCACCAAGCAGGGCCUGAAGUGGGCAGGAGCGGCAGCAGCCGGGGCCCUGGGGGGCACCGGGUACGGGCUGGGGCUCUUUGGCAGACCCAAGCAUGGACCCAAGAAUCACCACGACCACAAGGCUGCAUCCACGGAGAAAGAUCAAUGGCGUUACUACAAUGACAGCCAAGGAAAUCCCCACCGGUCUCUGUGGAGAGGCUUUGUUAAAGCGGCUGGUCCUGCUCCUCCCACAACUAACAUCUUCCUCACUUUUGGACAUGUGGCUUUUCUUAUAGCAACCUGGAUAAGAGUUAUUUAAUCCAACGUCUGCUCACUGGAACACAUCAAGAAAUCAAAUAAAAGCUCAUUUCAGCAAAUUAUCUGUCCUGUAUUGUU